AUGUGGCUGGAUCGUUUCUCGGCCCAUCCCUCCUCCGCUUCUGGUGCUUCUACUCCCGGCCCUCGUGGUUACUCUCCCGCCCGCCGCCCCCAGCACCAGCAGCACCUCGGCGCUGCUACCCAGCAAAGUCGCCCGGCCUUCAGCCCUCGCUCCUCCUCCCUUUCCGUCUCCCUGACGACUACUCCUAAUGCGACCUCGACUUCUCUCCCCAAUACCCUGCGCCAGGCAAGCGGCUCCACCUUCCAUCGACAGAACGGCUCGAAGCCGGACCAGCGUCCUACGGGUUCUACCGCUGUAGAUCCACUCGAAGUGCUGUAUGGUAUCAUCGGGAAACGUCCCGGAACAGAGGCAGAUUCAGACACGCCAACCAUCGUGCAUGCGACAGGAACUGUCGAGGCUACUGACAAGCCGGAAUGCCUAGUUGAGGAUAUCGAUUUUGGGGAGUUGAGUCUGGAAGAAUUCGCCCAGCAAAAGGAGGAGAGGGAGGAAGGGAAAUUGAAACGACGUGUUGAUGUUCAGACUAUAGAGCAGUGUUUUCAGGACCUGCACAGUGCAAUUAACGGUUGCGACGACGUUUUGAAAUCAGUCGAAUCCUACCUGUCCAGAUUCCGGACGGACCUUGGAGUAGUCUCUGUGGAAAUUGAGUCGCUACAAUCUCGGUCCGCCCAGCUGAAUUCCCAACACGAGAAUAGACGCAACCUAGAGCGGUUACUGGGCCCAGCCGUCGAAGAUGUCAGCAUAUCACCGAAAGUUGUGCAUCUGAUAUCGGAGGGACCCAUCAACCAAGAAUGGGUGAAAGCUCUAAAUGAAGUCGAAACCAGAUCGGCCAAUAUCGAAGCAAACAUGUCUACUGCCAGUAAUGUCAGGGCCGUCGAGGAUAUUAAGCCAUUAUUAUCUGAUCUGAAAGCGAAGGCCAUCGAAAGAAUCCGAGACUAUCUAGUCGCGCAGAUAAAAGCCAUUCGGUCACCCAACAUCAACGCACAGAUUAUCCAGCAGCAAUCCCUGAUAAAAUAUAAAGAUUUAUACGGCUUCCUCUCUAGAAACCACUCCGCUCUCACAGAAGAAAUUAUCCAAGCCUAUAUCAACACAAUGAGAUGGUAUUACCUAUCCAACUUCACCCGCUACCAUCAAGCGUUGGAGAAACUUAAAGUACAUUCUGCGGAGCGCAAUGAUUUACUGGGUGGUGACCCGAGCGCCCAAAAAGCAUCGGAGGAAAACUCCAGCCAUGCAACCACUACAAACCCAAAUGCAAAAGUCAACCCCAAAACCCAACCGUUAAUCCACGGUCUAGAAAUCCCCUUCCGAAACUUCAACCUAGCCCUAAUCGACAACAUUUCUGCCGAAUAUUCCUUCGUAGCCGAAAUGUUCGUCACAAAGACGCAAUCUCUACGCACCAGCUCCCGGCGCGUAAUCGAGAUGUUCGAACCCGUCUUCGCCCUCGGCCAUAGCCUCACAAAACACCUAAUUGACUCAUCGACUGAUUGUCUAGGCAUCUUACUCUGCGUCCGCCUAAAUCAGCAUUUCGCCUUUGAGUUGCAACGACGCAAAGUCCCCGUCGCCAGACAACUAUAUCAUGGAGUGACAUGCUCUCCUGGCCCCCGUUUCCAGAUGGGCAUACUAGCGCUGAGCAGUGAGGCAGGCGACGAUGAACCUGUCUCGAAUAGCCUAGCGCGGUUACGGGUAGAGUUUGAUGCGUUGUUGGUGAAGUUGGCGAAGGCAGCAAAUGGCGCUGAUGCGAGGGGCCGGGAAAGGUUUUUGUGGAGUAAUUAUUCGUUGAUUGGGACGAUUAUUAGCGAUACGCGGGGGAGGUUGGCGGAGGAGGUGAAGGAGCAUUAUACUCAGUUGAUCAAGAAUUCGGCGGGCAGACGGUGA